UCGCUUUGGUUCUUGCAAUGAACGUAUAAUAUCGUUUGGAUGAUUAUUUAGUGAUCAAAUGACCAUGUUGAAAUUAUUAGUUUUAGUAUGUGUUCUAUUAAAUUUGGUCUACUGCAGCUCUGUUUUAAGAAGAGUUGGAAGUUUUGAUAUUAAGCAUCCGGCAUUUACGACGCUCUAUAAAAAUUCGGAUGUUUCAAAUCCAGCUGAAACGUACAAUCUGAUUAUUUCGACAUUUUCCGGACCGAGUUUGUUCGGCGGCGGAGAUACCGUGCAGCUUGUCCGCAGGGUUGGAUCAUUUAUGAAUAAUGUCGACGGCAUUGUGCCGGAAAUGCUGACCAGUCAUGUAACAUGGCCAAACGAAAUUUCCGCUGUACCCGACGGCAUUUUCACCGAGAAAAUGUUGGCUAUACCUGAUGGAUUCUUGGUACCUACCGAAACAAACGGUGCUAUCAAAUUAAUGGACAUAUCGAAUGGUGGUCACAAAGGUCCGUAUAAGUUAACGACUAAAGAUUCUAGCGGAGACUGGUUCUAUCACCGAGUACAGUGGCACGAUAUGGAUGGAGACGGGGACCAAGAUAUAAUUACAUGUAGAGCGCGGGAACCUGUUAUACCACUUUUGUUCGGUAAAGAAGAUGAACAACUGAUUUGGCUUGAAAAUCCGUCCGGAGAUUAUUCAACAACAUGGAACGCUCACGUGCUUGCACAUGGACCAGGCGUUUACUUCCGGUUCGCACAAAUGAACACUCCUGAAGGCCCAAAAGAAUCCAUUUUUGCAGCUCAAUUUUUCACCAGCAGUCUCUCUGUUUACUGGACAACACAGACGAAUGGUCUUUACACAGACAGUAGUAAGAUUCAGAGCCGUGUGAUAGACGACGCUAUCGGUAAAGUAUUUGAGGUUGACAUCGCAGACUUGAACAAUGACGGUAGAAUGGAUCUUCUUGUAACCACUAAUAGUGGUCGUAAUGGAACACUACUUGCAUACGAAAUACCUGAUGAUUUCAGGUGUGUACUAUUCAUUAAAAGAAUGUCGAUUUUUGCACGAGAGAUAUCAUAUGUCGGUUCAGCGUUCAGCAGAACAUUGAUGGAAACUAUUAAGAAUGUUUGCGGGAAACCUGAACUAAUGCACGUUAAAAUUAUAGGAAGUCGCCAUGUAACAUUGUAAUAGACUGUGUGACGC